AUGUCGGCCGAGAAGCGCCCUGCCGACGACGACCCGGGCUCGUCCCAGACGCUCGUUAAGAGGCAAAACGUGAGCUCGUCAGAUGGCGCGCUGGCCCGGCUCAAUGCUUCCGGAAGCUCGCUUGUCCAAGCCGGUCCCCGAAGGAGUGGAUUGCAGGAGCCGGUCAUGGAGUUGACUGGACACACGGGCGAGAUCUUCACGGCCAAGUUUGACCCGACUGGAAACUUGAUCGCCUCGGGCUCGAUGGACAGGAGCAUAAUGCUCUGGAGAACCUACGGCGACUGCGAAAACUACGGGCUGCUGAAUGGGCACAAGGGUGCGAUUCUCGACCUGCAGUGGUCGCGCGACUCUGAAAUACUGUAUACCGCAUCGGCGGAUAUGCACCUCGCCAGCUGGGACCUCACCUCGGGAACGCGAAUCCGCCGAUACGUUGGGCAUGAAGAAGUCAUCAACACAAUGGACAUCAGCCGGCGGGGUGAGGAACUGCUGGUCAGCGGCAGCGACGACUCGACCAUCGGGAUCUGGGACCCCAGGUCUAAGAAUGCCGUCCACUAUAUAGAAACCGACUUUCCCAUCACGGCGCUUGCCGUCUCCCAGGCCGGCAACGAGAUCUUCUCGGGGGGCAUCGACAACGACAUAUGCGUGUGGGAUCUCCGGAAAAAGUCGGUGGUGUAUUCAAUGCUGGGGCAUACCGACACCAUCAUGUCUCUCAAAGUUUCGCCGGAUACGCAGUCGCUCGUCUCAUAUGCCAUGGACUCGACGGUGCGAACGUGGGACAUUCGCGCCUUUGCCCCGACUGAGAGGCACAUCCGCACGCUUGACGGCGCGGCCAUGGGGAUAGAAAAGAACCUCAUGGGUGCAUCGUGGGACCCGGAUGGGAAGAAGAUUGCGGCUGGUUCUGGAGAUGGGACUGUCGUCGUCUGGUCCAGCGAGAGCGGCAAGCUCCUGUACAAGCUCCCCGGCCACCGAGGGGUGGUGAACUGCGCCGAGUUUGCGCCUGGAAAGGACCCGAUACUUCUUUCCGCAUCAUCUGACCGCACGAUGCUCCUAGGGGAGCUGAAGUGA